AUGGAAACUAGCAUGGAGGAGCUUGAAAGGCGGUUAAAAGAGGCCGAGGCCAGAGCUGAGGAAGCAGAGGACAGAGCUGAGGAAGAAGCGCGAUUUCGACGAGAAGCAGAGCGACUUCGACGAGAAGCAGAGGACAGAGCUGAUGGAGAAGAGCGAUUUCGACAAACGCUAGAGGGCAAAAUUAACCCGGCCACCUUCGAGUCCUUUAUUCAAUCAUGCCACGAACUCUUUGCUGUACCGCUUAGCAUCCAGCCAAAGCAUAAAAGCACAAAAGGCUCGAUUACCAGUCCUGCCGGCCGCUGCUGUCCGACAACCCUUCGCAAGUGGGCGGACUUUCCCCGUCUACGCGACGAGCUCUUUGAGAAAGUGUUAUCUCUCUUCCAUCCGAGUGAUUCCCCCCCUGCUGGAGCGUUCUUGUCCAGCGAGGGUGUCAAGGCUGUUGGUAACCUUGUUUCCCGUCGAUCUCUGGGCAGCGAGCUCGACUUUAUGAGCUACGAGCGAUUUGCCGUUGAAGAACAUAUUUCCUCUAUUCUGCAAGAAUUACUGAAGCUUGAUACUAAAACAAAACUUCCAUUUCUGGGAUCGGGUGUCUCAUUUGAAAAUCACGCGAAUACCCUGAGUGACACGCCUGAGCCGAGACAGCAAACAGAUGGCGAAGCCGAGACACUGCUUUAUAUUAUUGAAUAUAAAGCCAGUCAUAAACUUCGGCCUGCGAACUUAAAGGAAGACGUCGUGCAGGCUCACGAAAUUCCCAUCGAUGAGGAGGAGAAAGCUAUUUAUAACUUAAGGCAGCUUAGCGGUGCUGCGAUCACACAAACCUUCGACUAUAUGAUCAGAGAGGGGGUUGAAUACGGGUAUUUGACAACCGGCGAGGCAUUUGUAUUCCUUCACAUAAAGGAAGAUGACCCGAGUACUCUAUAUUACCACUUCUCCGAACCCGUCGAAGACGUUAAAGUCAAGAAUGGCAAGACCUUUCCGUAUUCCUACACAGCAAUUUCAUCAGUCCUCGCCCUAUGUCUCCUCGCCUUGGAUUCAGAAGUAAGGGACCAAAGGUGGCGGUCACUUGCAAUAUCUCAACUUCACACAUGGGCUGUUGAUAUAGAAUACCUCCUAGAAAAGAUGCCCCCAGAGGAACGGCGCCGAACACUAUCGGCAUCAAGCUAUAUCCCAUCGAGCCCACUGUCCAGCCCUAUUCAGGAGGACCAGUCUCGACCAUCCCGUCGAUUACGGCACAGUUGUGCAGACCCGGAUGACACAGUUAAUAAUCCGUUGUCAGAUAGCUCCGAAGAGGAUGAGGAUGACCCUAGCAACCGCACCUCACACGUCCCGCCAGGGAAAGACUUUGCUGUGGUCAUACCCGCACCACGUCCGCCUCCGUCGAAAUGGCAGCAGCAGUCGCAGGAGGAGCGUAAGCGUAAGCGGGAGCCCGAUCGUCGCUAUUAUCAAUCCUGUCCUAACGUCGCUCUCCAUCAGCAGAUGAGCCAUGAUGGCACUCAUCCAAUUUCUAAAGCAAAAGUCGCAAUACUACUAGACAGCCAGUUAAACGAUGACCCGGACAAUGGGUGCUGGCCUUUGAUGAAGCUUCACGGCGCACGAGGUAUUCUCUUCAAGAUGACACUGGCCCAUUAUGGCUAUACAUUUGUGGGGAAAGGGACAAUCAAGGGUCUGGUCAGUUACCUCCAGCAUGAGGCUAAGGCGUAUGAUGCUCUUAGCACGCUUCAAGGAAGUCUUAUUCCUGUUUGUCUCGGAAGCGUUAAUUUAAACGAACCAUACAUCACGACUGGUUUGGACUAUAUUGUCCAUUAUCUACUCCUCUCCUGGGCAGGGGAUGACUUAGACAGUAUACCGGGUCGUGACGUUGACUUUUACCGUGAGGCAAGAAAGCUUCAAAAGGAACUGGGUCGGUACGGCGUGGUCCACGGAGACAUUCGCCCUGCCAAUAUUACGUGGAAUUCGGAGCUAUCCCGGGCGAUGUUGAUCGACUUCGACCAAGCACGACUAAAGCGGAAAAGACCCGCUAUUCAUAGCCAUUCUGUUAAGCGGGCGCUGCGAAACAUUGUUCACUAG